CGGAAAAAAAAAAUCUGGAACGGUAGCUGUCUCGAAACAAGCUUCUUGGUUCGGAGAAAAUGGCUGCACGCCUGAGCCGGAUCUGGCCCACCCUGUCCCGGGUUCGUCUGAGCUCGGCGCUCGGGAGCCGCUGUGUGUCGCAGACGCCGAAGUCGAGCGCGUCUGGGGCGGCGGUGGCGUCUGAUCUGCAGCCCUUGUCUCCCGCUGCUCAGGACAGCCAUGGACACGCAGAGGUCAACCCGUUUCAGAAGAAUCCAGAUUUCCAUGGCUUCCAUCAUGAUGACUCUUUUGUGGAUGAAUGGAACAUGAGGUUGGCAUUUUUCUUUGGCGUUUCUUUGACCCUUGUUGUUGGAGUGACUUUCAUCAGCUAUUUACCGGAUCAUGGCAUGAGGCAGUGGGCUCGUCGGGAAGCUGAAAGAUUAAUCAAACAGAGGGAAGCUGAGGGUCUUCCCCUCAUGACUGAAAAUUAUUAUGAUCCCAGCACGAUUGUUCUGCCCUCCUCCGGAGAGGAGUAGACAAUAUUUUGUCAAUAAUUAUCCUGUUCAUUUGAUUCGUUGUACAUUUGUCUUCUUUCAACUAUAAUGUAAUAAAAAAAAAGGUUAUAAUAUAA